AUGCUGAAGCUCAACUACCUCUCUUUGCUGUGUGGUGUUAGGUGUGACCCUAAUUCCUAUCUCAAUUUCGAUUUCUUCUCAGCUCUCUUCAAACCCAAGGAUUAUUACAAGAUAUUGGAAAUGUAUUACGAUGCUAAUGAGGAUGUUAUUCGCUCUAAUUACAUUCGUCUUGCUCUUAAAUGGCACCUGGAUAAACAAAAAGACCAGAACUCUGCUACGUUGAUGUUUCAAGAUAUAAACGAGGCAUAUCAGGGAACUGGCUGCACUUAG